GAGUCAGUAACAUGAUAGCCAAGCUGGCCAAAACCUGCACCCUGCGCAUCAGCCCCGAUAAGCUGAACUUCAUCCUCUGCGACAGGCUGGCCAGUGGUGGGGUGAGCACGUGGUGUGAGCUGGAGCAGGAGAACUUUUUCAGUGAAUUUCAAAUGGAGGGUGUGUCUGCAGAAAACGUGAUAUAUUUAGAACUCACCUCAGAAAACUUAUCUCGAGCUUUGAAGACCGCGCAGAAUGCCAGAACCUUGAAAAUCAAGCUGACAAAUAAGCACUUUCCCUGCCUCACAGUCUCCGUGGAGCUGCUGUCCGUGUCGAGCAGUAGUCGCAUCGUGACGCAUGAUAUCCCCGUCAAGAUCGUGGCUCGCAAACUGUGGAAGGACCUACAGGAGCCCUCCGUCCCAGAGGCUGACGUUAGUAUUUACUUACCGGCCCUGAAGACAAUGAAGAGCGUUGUGGAGAAAAUGAGGAACAUCAGCAAUAACCUUGUUAUUGAAGCAAACCUCAAAGGAGAACUGAACUUGAAAAUAGAAACUGAAUUAGUCUGUGUUACAACUCAUUUUAAAGAUCUUGGAAACCCUCCGUUAGCCUCUGAUGACGCCCCUCGGGACAGAGACCCGGCCGCGAUGGCCGAGGUGCGCGUGGACAUCAGGAAGCUCCUGCAGUUCCUCUCCGGGCAGCAGGUGAACCCCACCAAGGCCCUGUGCCAUAUUGUGGCCGGCAGGAUGGUUCAUCUCGAUCUGCUCCACGAAGACGUCUCCCUGCAGUACUUCAUCCCGGCGCUGUCUUAGCCGCACUGUCCUCGGGCCCGGGCCCUCGGUGCUGAUGGCAGGCGGCGGGGCCUGCGCGGAGGCUGUCACCCUCCCACACCGCGCUCAGUUCCCCCUCUUCGGGAUUUGAGGGAUACAGCGGGACAAACAGAUUUCUUCGUGUUACUCAUUCCUGGGGGUUUUUCCUUGUGUUUGGUUGUAAAACUUUGAGAAGAGAAGCUAGAAUUUGUUCAGACUCGAGUUUUUGUCCAAACUCGAGUUUUUGUUCACUUAUGUUUUGUGCUGCGGAGGACCUGCGCCUCCCAGGUGACGAGCAUGCGCAGUAGCACAGAGCGCGCGCUGGCCCCGUGCGGACGGACGCCUCGAGCGGGCGUCGGCUCCUGGAAGGCGCCUUCGGCCACGCGGGGUGGGACGAGGUCGCGGUCCUGGUGAGCUCAGAAGUCUCCUCGCUGCUCCCAGCGCCUUCUCUGCAUGUCCCCUCUGCCUGUCUGUCCUGGACCUCCGUGACGGCCCAAGGCAGAGCCUCUCCUUCCUGGAGGAGGUCGGCUUUGCUUUUGGGUUACAGUGUGUUUUCAGCAGUGCUAGAGGUGGAGCCCAGGGCGUGGGGCACACCAGGCCGGCGCUGGCCCUGAGUUUCAUUCUGCGGGGUACACCGGGUGCACCAGGCCCCACCAGCCUUUGCCUGGGGAGGAGCCGCAGGAGCAGCUCCCCGGAGGAGCUGCCCUUGCCCCUGCCUCCACAGGGCAGCCCGCCCUGUUUCCUGUCCCAGGAAAUCACACGCCCUGGGAGGUGGGCAGCAUCUUAAUGUCUCCGUACAGAGCCCAGACCCAGGUCACUGAGGGUGAGAUGAGGAAACCGAGGGUCAGCAAAAAGUGGCAGCGCCCUUUCCAACCUUUUUAUAUCACAUGGUAAAAACCAGUGUGUUUAACACUCCUGGUGUUUAAUGUUAGUUUUAACCACAUGUUGUGUUUUGUUAAGGUAACAUUUUGAAAUCACUUUUGCCCAAGUGUGAUGGCACAUGCCCCUAAUCCCAGCACUCGGGAGGCCAAGGCAAGAGGAUCGCUGUGAGUUCCAGGCCAGCCUGGGCUACAUCCUUCAAGGCCAGCCUGAACUGCGUAGUGAGAGCCUGUCUCAAAAAACCGUAAAACAGGUAUUUUACAUUGGAAAGCUUGUCUCUCUUCGGCUUGUUACAACAUGGAUUCCAGCUGCAGCCAUAAAACCUGAAAUCACACUCGGCAUCAGAAAAGCACCUCGGCGUGGUUCCGCCCCGGGGAAGGAAGGGCUGGGUGGCGUCGCGGCCGGGGUACACCCUGCAUUGGCAUUGCACCUGGACCUCAUGUCCUAGAGGUCCAGUUCUGCAUUGUAACACCGCGUGGAGGAAACCCGUGUGCACUUCCCACCCGACCCCUGCCGCCCGGCGGAUUGAGUGUGUUCACAGUUGUGCAGCUGCCCCGGCCGCUGUAAAGCAUUUUCACCGCCCGUAAAGACCCCGCCACUCAGCCGGCCAGGCCUGCCCGUCGCCUGCUUCCUCGGUGUCUUCUCUGUUUCCGUCUGUGCUGGGCCCUUUAAAGGCCCCUCCGCCUCAGUCUCGGUGUCACUCCCUCGGCAACCCUGGCCGCCCAUCUCUACCGUUCAGGCCGUUCGCAGAUGAGCAUGGGCCCGCGGCCUUUGUGCCUGGCUUACUCCUCUUAGCAGUUUCUCCAGUUCCUAACUUCCUGUUACAAGUAACUGUCACAGGGCGCUUUAAACAGACAAGGGAAGCAUCCCAUACUGCUACACUGAAGAGACGCAAAGUACCCUAGAUGUGAGUGAGUAGGGAGGAGUUAGAGGACCUCCGGCUUGAUACAGUGUUUCCCUCUCUUCAAGUAAUGUUGCCAGAAAAAGUGUUGAGAGAACAAAGUGUUAAAGGCUGUAGUUGAGUUUUAAAAGAUGGUUUAUGGUCGUAUAUCAUCUGACAGAAAUGUCCUGAUGCCGGCAUCUCAGCCUCACGACUGCUGGGUGGUUCCUAUUUCAUCUUUGUACGCUGAUGUAUUUUCUAGCAAUUUUGUAACCAACUUUGUAAAAAAUAUUUUUAUGGCAUUAAAUAAGUAUUUAUUAUUUA